GUAGAACUGUUUUUGGUUGCUUGGGACAUUAAAGACUUGCUGUUCGGGCUUGCUUGGUAUCGGCGUGUCUUCGGUGGCUAAUAUAGAGAACAACUGGCGACACAGGAUGGGAUCUUCAAUCAUCGUGUAGAUAGAGGCCGACCCAACAGCACGCCAAGAAGUAACAUUGCGAGCCGCCUCAGGAAAAGGACUGAACGGACUACAACUGCGCAACAGAUAAGUGAGACGCUUCUUCAACAUGUCCACGCCCCAUGCUUCGCAACGUUUAGGAAGCAUGUCGGAGUUCAACCCGAAGGGGGACGAUAUCAAAUCGUAUUUCGAGCGGUUCGAAAAUUUUGUUGACAUAAAUGAGGUUCCAGGAACAAAGAAGUUGAAGCUGUUCCUGAAUGUAGUGGGCGGUCACGCUUAUGAGGAGCUCAAGAAAAUUCUUGUUCCGGAGAGCCCCACCGACAAAACUUUCGAUGAAAUACGGAAGUUGCUUGAAGCCCACUUCAGUCCGGAAUACUCAGUGAUCGCAGAGCGUUGUAAAUUCAAUAGGCGGAUCCAACAAGAAGGAGAGAGUGUCAAAGAUUUUGUCACUGAGUUAAAGCAUCUGGCACGUUACUGCGAAUUCAAAGCAUUCCUGAAUGAUGCCCUGAGGGACCGCCUUGUUGCAGGGCUACGCGAUCAGGAGACACAGAGGCUGCUCUUUGCAACGGAAAGCCUAACAUUUGAGGGCGCAUGCAAAAUCGCGCUUGAAAAAGAACUCGCUGCACGACAGACGAAGGAAUUGCACACCGCAGAGCCCAGAUCAGCUGAAAUAAACGCGGUGCGCGGAAACACCAAAGAGAAAAGGCAUGUAACUGAAGUAAAAAAAGACAAUGCGUCACAGAAAAGGAGCUUCUGUUAUCGUUGCGGUAAGGGGCACGACCCCGCGAGGUGCUGGUAUCGGAACACGAAAUGCCGAACAUGUGCGAAGACUGGGCACUUGCAGGCCAUGUGCCCGGAAAAGAAAAAGAGCUCGGUGCACUACGUUGAAACGUCAGAUGCGGAUUCUGAGGAAUCGCAUAUCUAUCAUGUUGUAAUGUACGCAACCGGGAAACCGCAUGGCUACGAGGUUUCUUUGAACAUUGAAGGAACGCCAAUUUCAAUGCUCGUGGACACAGGCGCAGCAGUUACCUUAAUGCCCGAAAGAAUCUACAAUGAGCAUUUCGCAGGAACCAAGUGCGAGCCAACGCACGCCUCACUAAGGACCUACACCGGUGAACCGCUAAAACUAAAAGGGGAGGCAGUUGUCAACGUGGAACAUAUGGGUCACAGCGCAGCACUUUCGCUCUUCGUGGUAAAAGACGACGACAAGGCUUUGCCGACGCUACUAGGCCGUGACUGGCUUGAAAAGUUACACCUCGACUGGAGAACUGUUUGCGCUGUCACGGAUGACAGCAGAAUGAAGUUACUACAAGACAAGUUUCCUGAAGUUUUCAGCAGCACGCCUAGGGUAAUAAGAAACUUCGAGGCCAAAGUUGCCAUAAAAGCCGACAGUUCGCCCAUGUACUACAAGGCAAGGCCCAUUCCCUUCGCGAUCAAGGACGCUGUUGCAGAAGAACUGCGCAGAUUGGAGAACAACGGUAUCGUGAGACGAGUGAUGAAGAGUGACUGGGCAACUCCUAUCGUAGUGGUUCCCAAGCGUGGAGGCGGACUCAGAAUCUGCGGAGACUAUAAGGUCACGGUAAAUCAAGUUCUCAAGACUGACUGCUAUCCGCUGCCUCUUCCAGAGGAUCUCUAUUCCAUGCUUGCGGGAGGCAGGGUCUUUAGCGUGUUAGACUUGUCUUCAGCCUAUUUGCAGGUACCGCUCUGCAACGAUGCCAAACCUUUACUCACGGUCAACACUCAUCUAGGACUGUUUGAGUACCAAAGACUUCCUUUUGGAAUUGCGAGUGCGCCAGCUAUUUUCCAGGCAAUGAUGGACCAGGUCCUGGAAGGUAUCCCAAAUGUAGGAUGUUAUAUAGACGACAUUAUCGUCACAGGCAGGAACAUAGAGGACUGCUACAAAACGGUCACACAAGUUGUGCAACGAUUAAAUGACUACAAUAUCACUCUAAAAGCAGAAAAAUGUCAGUUCUUCCGUGACUCAGUCGUUUAUCUUGGCCACAGGGUUUCAGCUGAAGGAAUCUAUCCGAUAGCAGAAAAAGUGAAGGCUAUCAGGGACGCACCAGAGCCAACCAACAUUACAGAAUUGAGAGCCUAUUUAGGACUCCUCAACUUCUACGCCAAGUUUUUGAAGAAUUUGGCAACGGUGGGAGCGCCUCUUUACGAAUUGCUGAAGAAAGACAAACAGUGGCGCUGGACAAAAGGGUGCAAGAACGCUUUCGCAAAGACCAAAGAGAUGAUUCUCAGCAGCGAAGUGCUCACGUUUUAUGAUGUGAAUAAGCCAAUUGGACUAAGCUGUGACUCAUCUGCUUAUGGUCUAGGGGCCGUCAUCUUCCAUGAAAUGCCAGACGGAAGUGAACGACCAAUCGCGUUCGCGUCCCGCACACUCUCAAGCAGCGAACGCAAUUAUGCACAGGGCGAGAAGGAGGCGCUGGCACUCAUCUUCGGCUUGCGACGUUUCCACCGAUACCUGUAUGGACGACGUUUCAGCAUCUACACCGACCAUCAACUCCUUCUCGGUUUACUGGGACACGAUAGACCUGCGCCAUCCUUAGCUGCCGCCAGAAUUCAGAGAUGGGCAAUGACACUGACCGCGUAUCAAUAUCACCUCAAGUAUAGGAAUGGUCGGAACAUGGAAGUAGCAGAUGCGUUAUCGCGCCUGCCGUUAUCCGUACAAGAGAGAAGGGACGAACCAGACUGUUUAGCUGUGUUCGAUGCAACGCCCCUGACUGCAGCGCAAGUUGCAAUGGAAACUAAGCGAGACCCGCUUCUCAGUGGGGUCGUCCAGUAUGCACUAACCGGUUGGCCAAGCAGGUACCCCCAAGAAAUGCAGGCAUUCUUUGUGCGCAGAGAUCAGCUAUCAGUGGAACAGGACUGUUUGACAUGGGGCUACAAGGUCAUUAUCCCGAGGAGCUUGCAGCCUGCCGUGCUGUCGCUAUUACACGAAGCUCAUCCAGGCAUGACGCGGAUGAAGAUGUUAGCGAGGUCAUAUGUUUGGUGGCCUGGUCUAGACAAAGAUCUAGAGAGCACAGUACGGAGCUGCAAAAUCUGUCAAAGUGUUCUUCCGGCAAAGACUGUUGGUCCUCUGCAGCCCUGGUCAUACCCGACAAGAGUUUGGCAACGUGUACAUGUGGACUAUGCUCUCAAGGACGGCGUAAAUUUGCUGGUGCUGGUCGACGCCUACUCGAAAUGGGUUGAGGUUUUCUGUAUGAAUACAACGACUACUACGAGCACACUGAAGAGGUUGGACGCCCUUUUUGCAUCCUAUGGUUACCCUGAAGAAUUGGUAACAGACAACGGGCCACAGUUCGCCUCUGAGGAAUUUCAAGAGUUCCUGCGACAGCGAGGAAUCAGACAUACUCGAACACCUCCAUACCACGCUGCUUCCAACGGAGCUGCAGAGAGACUGGUAAGGACCACCAAGACUGCGCUCUUCAAGGAAGUUCUGGAAGACAGGAUAAUGGGAGCGAAGCGUACAGUACAAGAGCGCAUCAACGACUUUCUGAUGUCCUACCGAAACACGCCAAAUUCGGUAACGGCAAAGGCUCCAGCGGAGCUUUUCCUGAAGCGGUUGCCCCGCAUUAGGUUGUCUCUCGUGAAGCCGAACUUCGCAAGUGACAUGUCAGACCGUCAGAAAAGGAAUACUGACCGUCGUAAUUGCGAAAGAGGACCGGCAGACCUGUUCAGCGUCAACGACAAGGUGUUCGUGAAGACAACGAGAGGCGAAGCAGAAUCAUGGCAGGAAGGGAUCAUCGAACAAGUAGUUAGCACCGCAACAUACCUCGUCAGGGUAGGAUGUCACGUGAGAUUCACACAUGCUGAUCACCUGCGGAAGCGACGGGCCAUGGCACCAAGCACGUUUCGUACUCCAAAUCAGGACGUCGCAGGCGCUGCGUCUACCCCUCCGAGUAACGAACCCCAAACGUGGGAAAAUGUCGACACCACGGAAUCGACGUCACGGGAGCCAGGGCAGUUUCAGCACGGCAGCUCACCAAGCCCCAUCCAGCAGCCGGGAUCAGCAACUGGCAGCGGAGACAUGAUGGACAGGGAUAAGAAAACGCCUGACUCCAGCUUCGCUGAGGAAGAGGCGCCCAGCUUCUCCGGCUGUCAGUCGUCAACACCAAUGCUGCGGAGAAGCAGACGUGUUCGCACGGCUCCCGACAGAUACCGCCCGGACGAUUAUACAACAAAGAACUAA